GUGACGGGAGGGAUUUUUCGGCCAUAAAGAAGCCCAUUAGAGUUACAGGUGGCACGGUCUGGCCUCUAACGAAUAUAUAAACCCCAGGAGACGCCGUCGCCAGCUUGAAAUGUCCCCUUCUGUGCAGAGCCACCAAACCCUGACUUCACCUCGGCAGGCUAGGGAAGCACAAUGUCGCUCUCUUCGAUUUGCGUCCCCAAGACGUUUAGCCCUCUUGGCUUGUUUGGAACCUCGGUCCUACGAGUCGAGGCCAAUCUCGUCAGCGACUUCAACGCAACCAUCCCGACCUACAGGCUUGCCCCCGGUCAGCAGUUCCUGAACAUAUCGAGGCUGGACUUUUGCAACGUCACCGUGUCGUACACGCACCCGGGCCAGAACGACGAGAUCCACGUCGAGACAUGGCUGCCGACGCCUGAAAAGUGGAAUGGCCGCUUCAAGGGCACCGGCGGCGGCGGUUGGAAUGCCGGCCGGACCUUGGGGCUCAACGUCAUGUUCAUGAUGCCCGCCAUCGACGAGGGGUUCGCAGCUACCGCUACCGACGCCGGCGUACCUCCCAAUGUCGCCGACUGGGUCCUUGUUAGCAAGGGCAACGCCAACCAGAUAGCCCUCCACAAUUUUGCUGCACGAAGCCUUGAGGAGCAGGCCCUUAUCGGCAAAGCUGUGGUGAAGCUUGCGUACAAGAAGGAGCCCGAGUACUCGUACUUUGAGGGCUGCUCCCAGGGCGGCCGGCAAGCCUUGAUGUUGGCGUCGCGUUAUCCAACACUUUACGACGGAAUUGCAGCCAACGCGCCAGCGUGGGACCUAAACACCAUCUUUGGCAGUUGGCUAUGGCCGCCCCUUGCUAUGAAUCUGGCUGGCGAGAACGCCCCCCACGAGUGCGAGAUGGACGCCAUCACAACGGCUGCUAUCGCGGCCUGCGACAAGCUCGACGGCGUCAAAGACGGCCACGUCGACGUCGAGAUGGAGGAGUGUCUCUCCCAUUUCGACCCUUUCUCCAUCGUCGGCCGCACCAUAAACUGCACUGCAAACUUGCACCCAGGCUCUGGGGAUGUGGGCCAAGCCCUCGUCGUCAGCCGCCUGGCAGCAAAGAUGGUGAACAGCACCUGGGCCGGGACACAGGGGGCCGACGACACCAGCGCCUAUGUUGGGCCGGGGAUAGGAACAGACCUGACGGGCAACACGCCCAACUAUGUCGACCGAACAGCCUUCAGUGUCCUCAAUACGGAUUGUAAGAAUAGAACCGAUGGCGAAGUUUGCGUCAGCCGCCCGAAUCCCUUGGGGCUGUGGUAUUUCCAGUACUUCACUGGUAGGGAUCCGACCCGCAACUUCGCAAACGUGACGCGGGAGGAGUUCAACAGGCUCCAAAGCUUCGGAGGGCAGGAAUAUGUCGCCUUCAGCCCGAAGCCCGACCUGACCGAGUUCCACAAGGCAGGCGGGAAGAUGCUGACCUUUCACGGAAUGCUCGACCAACUGAUCCCGGCCAGAGCAACCGAAAGCUUCUACAAGUCGGCCGCCUCCCGCUCCGGCAACAUCCAGGACUACUGGCGAUACUUCCCCGUGCAGGGGCUGCACCACUGCUCCGCGGGGACGGGCUCGACCCCGUACACGAUGCAGAAGCAGCUGCAGGCCUGGGUUGAGAACGGGACCGCGCCGGCGUCCUCCCCAGUCGAUCUUCUAGACCCCGCUACCAACGAGGUCCACCAGCGCCUAGCCUGCCCGUUCCCGCAAAGGGGAGCUUUCAGCAGGGGCUGCGGCGACCCGAAAAAGGAGGAGUGUUGGUCUUGCACAGGCGACCUAGGUGCUGCCUUGUAGGUAGUAGGCGCCGCCUAAGCUUGGUACAGACCCGUGGCAGCGGCUGGUCCGAGGCUUGGGGCGGGCAUUGUGGGCAGCUCUUCCAGAAGGAGGGUGCUGUAUCCGCAGGUACUAGCGGUCGCGGAAUGGAAUGGAACGAACGCGGCUGUGGUCUCGCCAACGUCGACGGUGGGGUCGACUUUCAUGCCCGGUCCCUGAAUCCCGGCCCAGAGCUGCCACGCAAAGUGGGUGGUGUGGCCCUUUCCUCCAGUUUCGUCAGGGGGUUUUCAUGCCUAUAGCUGCUGCGCCUCCUCUUGCGUGAUGGCAUGGAUGCACCCAAGCAUUCAUCUCAUAGUUAAAUUUUAACCUGUGAUUGGCAGCAGACCUUCGCGGGUUGUUCUCGGUUCGAUCCGGCACUAUGGCACAACUUAAAUGAACGACGUCCUU